AUGCCUCCCUUCAAGGUAGACACGGAGUCCCCUCCGGCGGAUGACCUCCACACCGGCACUCGCACGUCGGGGAGUGAUGGCCCUCCAGACAAAGCCGCGCGAAGCUCCACCGCCGCCCUGCUCCGGAACCCCUUGGUGGGAUUGAGUCACGACGAGCUCAUCAAAGAUGUCGACACGUUCACCGAUAAGUACGGCUUAACCGAAUACAAGGAAGAAUUCCGAAAGGGCGCCCUAGUUGCCCAGGCCAGCAACCGCCCCGAUGGCUUCGAGACUAUCACGGCUCUGAACGAGGAAGAAAAGGCAAUGCUCCGGAGAGAGGUCAACCACCGAUGGGAUCAGCCGUUCAUGCUGUAUUUCCUCUGCUCCCUGUGCGCCGGAUCGGCCAUUGUGCAGGGCAUGGACCAGACGGCAGUCAACGGAGCCCAGGAGUUUUACUACACGACAUUCAACAUUACAGACCCAUUGAUGCAGGGCCUGAUCAACGGCGCUUUCGGAAUUGCCCUUGGAUUGAUCGUCUCAGUCGCGUUCCGCCACACCGACUUCCUCGGAGAAGACACGCAGUGGCGCUGGAUGCUUGGAAGUACAUCUCUUCCCCCACUGCUUGUAAUGUGCCAGGUCUAUUUUUGCCCCGAGAGCCCGCGCUGGUACAUGGAGAAGGGCAAGUACGACAAGGCCUUCAGGUCUGUACGCCGGUUGCGCAAGCACGUCAUCCAGGCCACCCGAGACAUGUACUAUGCACACAAGCUCCUCGAAGUCGAGACCCAGGCCCGUAGUGGCCGUAACUGGAAGGAGUUCUUCACUGUCCGGAGGAACAGACGCGCUGCGACGUUUUCCUACUUUGUCAUGUUCAUGCAGCAGUUCUGUGGAAUCAAUGUUGUAAUGUACUACAGCACGGCCAUCUUCCAGGAUGGAGGCUUCACCAGGUCUGAGGCGUUGCUCACCAGCAUGGGCAUGGGCCUCAUCAACUGGCUCUUCGCCCUCCCCGCCUUCUACACCAUCGACACAUUCGGAAGAAGAAACCUCCUGUUGGUCACCUUCCCCUUAAUGUCCCUCUCCCUCAUCUUCACCGGCUUCAGCUUCUACAUUCCCGAAGGAACCGCAAAGCUCGCCUGCAUCGCGACCGGAAUCUACAUCUUCGCCGCCGUGUACUCCCCCGGAGCCGGGCCGGUCCCGUUCACGUACUGCGCCGAGGCCUUCCCGCUGCACAUCCGCGACAUCGGCAUGAGCAGCGCCACGGCCGUGACCUGGGGCUUCAACUUCAUCAUCAGCUUCUCCUGGCCGUCCAUGUCCAAGGCCUUCACCCCGACGGGCGCGUUCCUGUGGUACGCCUGCUGGAACCUCUUUGGCUUUGUCGUCGCGUACUUCUUCCUGCCCGAGACGAAGAACCUGACGCUGGAGGAGCUCGACAGCGUCUUCUCGGUGCGCAACAGGGACCAUGCAAAGUACUACACUUCCAAGAUGCCUUGGUAUGUGAACAAGUACUUGUUACGACGGGAUGUGUCUCCUUUCCCCGCGCUUUACGAGGUUGAUGAUCAUCACGAGCACCAUGACGUGCAACCGAAGGCCACUGUUCAGCACAGCGAGAGUGGCUUGAUCUCAGGGACGAAGGGCGAGAAGUGA